AUGGAAUAUAGAAUACAUUUAUAUCAAGAAGAAAUGAAAAUGAAAAUUUUAGGGUUUAGUUCAAUCAGCUUUCUCCGUAUAUUUUCCUAG